AUGCCGCUGCAGCUUUCAAUGAAGCUGGCGCCGCUGUCAUCGCCACUGUCAUCGCCGCGAGUGAGAAGACGCAGUCACGCCUUCUGUUUCAAUCCCCAAUCGAAAACUCGAUACGAUCCGGAGACUGUUGAUGGUUUACGAGCAGCAUUCAAGGAUCCAACAGCAUCGGCUGAGACCGGAAAGGGCAAGAGAGAGCACGGGGACCAGCAGUACCGGCUCCUACAGCAACGGACGAAGAGAGGCCAGCUGCCGACUCCUCGAACGAGUCUCCAAUGA